AUCAUACUCGCAUAGCACGGAGUCUGUCAGCAUAACGCCGAGAGAUUCUGAUUUUCUUUGUAAAUUUCCUUUUGGUUUUACGUAGAUAGCUGUGUACAAAGUCCAUGUGUUUGGUUUGUCGGAUAGAAUUUAGACAUGGCAACAAGUAGUGAGACACGAAUAGAGGACAAAUACCGCCACAUAUCUGUGUCACGUGACUUGGCAGAGGCCAAGGUCGAAGGAAUUGCAAAGCAGAUGGAGACGUGCCCCUACCAUGACGUCACCGUUGUCAUUGACAACGUCGAGUUUCCGUGUCAUCGGUUUAUGUUGAGCGCUUGCUCCGACUUCUUCCACGCCAUGUUCCAGUCAGGCAUGAAAGAAGCUCUGAGCAGGAAAGUGGACUUGAAGGGCAUCGAGCCGGAAACCUUCAGGCUCCUUCUUGACUCUAUGUAUUUGUCUCGGUACAUACUGUCCGUCAAGAACGUCUCGCGUGUCUGGCACGCUGCCCACCAGCUUCAGAUGAGAUGCCUUUUACAAAGUAUAGAAGAUUUUCAACACAGUAGGCUGGAGUAUACAGACAGAACCUUUGUUGACAUCUAUUGUGACGCCAAGCUGCUCAAUUCUGAGAUACUAAUGAUGGAAGCCAUGUCUAACAUGGCGAUAAGAUUCGAUAAGUUGAGACUGAGGGAUGACCUCCUACGUCUCGAUGCUGAAGACAUGAAAAUCUUAUUGUCCCAUAAAAAGUUGAACGUCUUUACAGAAGACGACGUCAUUGAUGCAAUAUUUUUUUGGGUCAGUGAUAAGCCUCGUCAUUCAAACGGAGACAUGCCUCUGAAGUGUACAGGAGAUUCCAGCAAUGAAACUUCGACCAAUCGACUAGGCACAGAAGUGUCUUCUGCUAAGGAUCGAAGUGAGUUUCUUUUUGAACUGUUGGCAAAAAGUAAAAUACUGCUGGUCAGCGCAACCUGUUCUCAGAAUCUUCUGGACAAUAAGCUGGUUCAACGUGAUCCCAGGGCGUUGGCGCUUGCUCGAGAGAGCGCCCGCUACCAUCUUCAGCCCGCUAGGCGCCACGACUAUUGCCCAUGUUAUGGAAUGGUACGGCAAACAACGGUGUUUACCAAUGUCGUAUUUAUGAUUUCAGACAGAUUUGUAAUUUGUCGAACCAGUGACGGAAAGUGGCACAACAUGAAACCACAGCACAGAACAGUUUUAGACUCAGUCUUCGACGAUUUAGGAAGAUUGAAAGAAAGCGUCGAAGAGGAUACCGACGAGGGUGAAUUGAGUGAAGAGGAACCGGAAGUAUACGAAGAGGAAGAAUAUUUGACAUUUGAAAAAACUGUGGAAGACGAAGAAAAAGAGGAUGAUGAUGUAGAGGAGAAUGAAGAAGAGGAAGAAGAGAUGAAGGAACAGUAUUUGGAACCAGCUAACGCGGCCGAAAAGGUGACAGCAACACAGCAGAACUGUAAAGCUGUCUCUUACGAGAACGACGUUUAUUGGACUGGUAAAGCUGGUGGCGUCUUCUUUGCAAGAAAGUACAAAGCCGCUUCCAAUUCAUGGAAUACGAUAGUCGCUCCAAAUAUUGCCAGACAAGACCCUGCAUUGGUAUGUCUCGACCAAUAUCUUUAUCUUAUAGGAGGUGUCAACUGUGUGUGGAUCGAAAGGCUUCACGUCGAAGCCGAACAAAAGUCCCAGGGUUCUGAGCAAUGGAAAAAAUAUGGGAAACUGGUAGUGCCGAUGACCAACUUGACCGCUACCGCAUGUGAUGAUGUGAUUGUCAUCUUUGGAAGUCAGACGGACGAGAGAUGGGAGACGGUCGUUCAGAUCUUCGACCCGCGAGUCCCGUCGAGAUGCACGUUCACUAAGACCUUGAUGGGGUCAGCGAAGAACCUGGUCAGUUUUAAACACGGCCAGGACACCUUUGUUCUACAAGGCAGCGGUGCGCUCUGGAAACUGAGCUUCAAGAGAAAUCGCCUGAACAUAAGUCACCACGUUAAGCUCUGGGAUGACCAGGCGUUGAAUCUGGCUGGAGCGACAGUGACCAACAAUGAGCUCUUAGUAUUUGUCUACGGCUCACUACUAAUACCAAAAGUGAAGAACGUGUCGAAUUUUGAGCACUUCCGGAAACUGAGAUUCAUCGAAAGCCGAGGUGGCUAUUGCUUUCUCAACACCAUCAUACGUACCAAUUUAUUGAAGGCUUAACUGUAUGAACUUUCCUGAGUUUCAGCUUGCUAUUGACAUCAUGCACAAUUACUCUGAAUAUACACAGGAAGUUGAAAUCAAAACAUAAACCCUUUUCCAGGAUUAAGUAAUAAAUGUACCAGUAGAAACGUACAAGAGAGUUAAAUAUAAACAUACAUGUAAUUAUUUCUACAAAUUUACAAUAUAAAAGUGUAUGUUAGAAUUUGUAUUUUUUAAAUACAAAGCAUUUAAACAAAUAUUUGAUGCUGCUCAGAUUUGUAUCCAUAAGUCUUCUACUAAACUUAAGUCACAUAGAUUGUACAGGACUUUGUAAAGAGUACUUCACAUAUGUUUCUUUUGAAUAUAGAUAUUUUCAUAAUUAUUUUCAUCCGCCCUGUGACGUCAAACUGACCGCCUUGAAAAACUUUUGACUAUUCAGUGAUAACUGUUUUCAUUUCUUCAAUUCACUUUGUGGGUUUAAUUGAAAUGUUCAUGAAAUUAAAACGUUUACAAAGUCAUGA